AUAAGAUGUCAACAGAUUGGAAUGCAAUAUUUAUUUAUUGAAUCACAACAAAACAAGUAGAUACCACAUAAUCGCGAUAAAUAAUUUAUCAUAAUAUUAUAAGAAAGCAUACAAAAAAUGGAUCCCAACGCAAGUAAAAUGUCUGAUUUUUGUUACGAGUUUAAAAAUUUCGACGACUGUACGGCCAAACUCGUAUAUCCCGUGGAAAUUCCCUAUCCGGGCAGUACAAGUGAACUGGCUCAUCGAAUUGUUACCGAACGGAUGGAUCCAAUAAUGAAGUUUUUGCGAGCUGAUAUAGAGCUUAAAGGAGCACUCAAGUGUUUUGUGGAAAAAGAGAAUCAAAGGUUCCACGAUGAGCAGGAUGAGUUUUUGAUCGAAAAGUUAAAAAAUGGGCAUAUCGACGUUGAUGCCUUGGCGUUAAAUUUUGAAAGAAUCUACAAAGAAGAGAUACUGGAGUACGCUGAUCGUGUCGGACCAUCGGACGACGAAAUAUUUGCUCAGAGCUUUCACCAACUAGUGCACUCGUCGGUUCUAUCUGAAAUUCUGUCCAAAGAGCGAGAGUGUGCCAAAACUAUAACAAAUCUAACUGCAGAAAUGACCCAACAAAUCACUACGAUGAAUACGUUACAUCAGGAGGAAAUUGAGGCAAAAAUGAAGCUAUUGGAUAUAUCUGUUACUUCGGAAAAUAUCAAUCAUAUUUUGGCCAAACAGUACGGCAUGCAGAACAUGAUUCGCAGACAAUGCGAAUCAGAACUAGAAUCAACACGUGGUCAUCAGAAAUAUGAGUAUCGUAAUUGGAUAACAACACACAUAGAUGAAAACUUUCUAGCGGAGUCGGAGAGUCCAACGCAAAUUGGAAAUCGUUGGUCAAUGAUUUCAACUCAAGGUCCAUCAAUGGAGGAAAGCUUUACCAUUCACUUGGGAUCUCAACUAAAGCAUAUGCAUAACAUUCGUAUUUUAAGUACAAAGCUUUCCGAUUUGUGCAGUCCAUUGUAUGGAGAAAAUAGCUUUGGAGGUCCGAAUGUCGCUUUGGGCCUGUAUUCUAGUUCCCUCUGUGGUAUUGUAGUGCUCACUCCUUCGGGGAAUGUUUCACCGGACCCUGAAAUUCGGCGUAAUGCUAACAUGUCCACAGAAUUUCAUUUUGACCAGGAAGACCAACAAAUUGAAAAGAUUCAAGAAGAUCUCCAGAAACUUCGAGAUGAGCAAGAUUCUUCCGAUGUCAGAUUGCGUGCUGACAGGAAUGGCGCUCGACUGAAUCCAGGAGAUGUGUUCAUUACACGUCACUCAAACCUUUCCCAUUCGCAAGUGAUUUUUCAUCUCGUCUCGGAUGAAACUUUCCAAAGUCCUAGUGAAAUCAAUUCCCGGCAUCCUGUUAUUUUGGGGUUGCGUAACAUUCUCAAGAUAUCCAGCCGACACGAUGUGACUACACUGACCAUUCCUGCCUUGCUAAGGCACAAGAUGUCGGAGGAUAUGACCGUCAACUGGUGUAUACGACGAGCCGAGUUAGUGUUCAAGUGUGCUAAAGGAUUCAUGAUCGAAUCCGCCAGCUGGGGUGGAGCAGAACUGAACACACUGCAGCUUCUACUGCCGCACGAUAUAUCAGAGGAGCUGUUUCGUACGCUGGCUGACAUGGUUCCUAAUGUGUUCCGGGUUGCAAAUCCAAAGAUUUUGCAAUGAACCUAAACAGGUAGGAUAAUUAUUUGGUGCAAUCUCAUUAUUAUUUAGAAUCGAUUGCUCGAGUUAUAUUAUAUGACCAAAUAUUUAAAAGUAGGUUUUGUGGUAAUCUUCCGGAUUAUAGUGUAUAUCACAACCAUUUUAGAGCUAUGAAACGACAAUUUAGUCGUCAAACGAGAAUAAAA